AUGCCAACUAUAGACGAAAAUAUCCAGUUCCUCCAUCUUGUCCUCACCAACGAUGGCAAACCCGCUCCGAUCAACUGGGUUGAGAUUGCGGCAAAGUGCGAGACUACUAAGCCCAAGGCCGAGGCUGAGCACACUGUCACAGAGGACAUCGCUGCCGAAAACUCCGAAGAAUUUGAAUUUCCUGACGCACAGGAGUAUCUCACCAACGAUGAAGAUAUUGAGGCGUAUUAUAGCUACCACAAGCGCACUCUGAACUAA